AUGGACAUCACAAUCGGCUUCAACGAGCUCCUUCGGCAACGAGAUGCGCCAGCGGCGAAGAAACGAGUCACCAUGGAUGCCAUCGAUGGCUUUCUGAAGGAGGCAUACCGGAUCAACUCGCACAUCACCAGUCUGCAUCGAGAACUCCAAGACGUUAGACAGGCCUACCUCUCGACUGCACAACCAAGAAAGACGCAUAGCCGAGCUGCAAAGGGGCAAUCACGCGUACUCUCGGACAGAGAUCGAGAAGACAUCGACGCCAAUGCGAAACAGAUGAUCCGGGAGCUCAACGCCAGCAUCCGCGCCCUCGAUGACGCCGAGCAGCUGAGGCGCGAGACCGAGUCGGCCAUCAUCCGAAAAAAGUACGUGGGAGGUCUCGGGGCGUUGGGAUCAUGGGCGUCGGGUGGCAUGGCCAGCAACAAGUCGAUCGAGCAUGCGGCAGCAGAAGCAAAGGCGCGAGACGUUGGAAUUCACCGGGACGGCAUUCUAUGGUUUCUGCGACAGCGACUGGAGUUGUGCUGCCGGACGCAGCAGGACAUGAUGGAGGCACGUCUGACACGGGAGAUGGAAAAGAGCCGCAGCAUGCUCUCGAAAUCCGGGGCAUCUAUCGCCGGGGACUUUGCAGAGUUCCCCCCUCCAUCUGUCCGGCGACAGUCCCAGGCGACCCCUGCCUCUGGGGCGAUCCCUACGUCCGACGACGGUCAGGCUCCGAGCGAGAGCCAGGGGUUGACAGAGGAGCAGAUACAGAUGUUUGAGGAAGGGAACCAAGACAUGAUGAAGCAUUACGAGAGCAGUUUGGACAAAGUCAGAACCGCUGAGAAGUCUUUGCUGGAAAUCUCUGAGCUGCAGUCGCUCCUCGUGAGCAAUCUUGCGACGCAGUCUGCACACAUUGAGCAGUUGGUGGCGGACUCGUUUUCCACUGCAGACAACGUGGGAGGCGGUAACAAGGAGUUGAAGAAGGCGACGGAGCGCGCAAGCUUUGCCAAGUACACUUGCUAUGCGGCCAGCGGAGUGUGCGCGUUUCUGAUUCUCUGGGACCUCGUGAUCUGA